ACUUUAUAAACUUAUACUAAGGCAAAAUGAAGUGUGCAGUGGCAAAUUGUGAUAGUGAAAACUAUAGGCAAGCGUGCGAUAUAAGCUUUUUUUCGUUUCCUACGGACGAAGCUCUCGCCAGAAAGUGGAUGCAGUUUUGCCGGCGAGGAAGUGCAUUAUUGAAUCCCAAAUCGAGCUACGUGUGCAUGAAGCACUUUUCUAGUGAAGAUAUAGAAAACAAUCGACAGUUCGAAAUGGGAUUUGCAAAAAAACGCCUUUUAAAGCGUGGUGCUGUGCCCAGCAUUUACCCAGAGGAUGGGGAAACCUCCCAGCGUGCCGAAAGUGUUCAGCGCGAGGAGUACAAACAAAUUGUCAGCGAGUUACUUCAGCAGAGUGAAUCUGUCGCAGUCAAUGAAGGUAACAAUUUGAUUUUAAAGAAAGUUUCGACUUAUAUUUGCAAAUAAGUUGUUAUAGCCGAGGCGAAUAACAGUGCCAACGUUGUUCCGAUUGACGAAAAUGUGGAGAAUAAGGAAAAUAGCCUAGUGGAUGCAAAUCUUUCCGAAAUCCCCGCGACUUCAACACCUCGCAAAGUCUUCUACUACGACAGCAGUUUGGAAGAAGUUGAGGAGCUGGAAGCUCAACU